UGAGUUGGUUAAUGGAAUUCCCGCAAAUCAAAUAUCCAGUUUGAUCUAUUUUCUAUUGUCAAAAAUCCUUUCGAAACUCUGUAGAUCUUAUGAAUAUUUAAAGUCUCGGAACCUUAAACAUCAAAUUAGAUCAGACGAGUUUUUAAAGGAAUUAAAACGCAUACAGCUAGACCUCUGUAGAUAUUAUAUAUUAAAAAGAAAAAGUAAAAGAGUAAACUACAAACAAUAUGACAGACGUUGAAGCGGGACAACAAUGGUCAGAUACGUUAAAAUGUAACGGAUCAGCAUCGCAAAACAGUGAAAUUGGCGACGAUGUUGUAAUGACCGUUACAGAGAUCAACAGUGAACGUAAUUCACGUGAGCAGAGUUUCGUGCGACAAACGAGUAAAUUUGAAAAUAAAGAGAGCCAAAAACUGAUGCGCCCCAACGGCGUCGACGUUUCAAGUAACUGUAACACAUGUGAUAAUUUGACAGAAAAUAAAAAUAGUUUUAUCAAAUCUGGAAACAGUUGUGCGGCGAGCAAAACUCGUUUUAACACCACAGCAGAUUCAUCAUCAAAUGUGAAACAUUCUCGUGCACAAAAUAGAUCUGUUAAAUCCACUUCUGACGAAGGAAAAAAGAAGAAAAGCUGGAGGAAUUGUAAUUGUAUUUUUCACGGGUUUUCGAUGCUUCUCUCUGUCAUGGCAAUAGCUGGGGUGUUUUAUAUGUAUUACACCAGGAAUAACACAGUUGAAUCUGUAACUGAACCGUCAAAUAUAGAUAAUUUUCAAAGACAAAGCUCGGCGUUACAAGGUAACCAAACAAAUUUACUGUCUCUUAUGCCAAAUAUUGAGGUACUACUCUAUUGAUGACAAAAAUAUCUUGUUUUUUGUUGUUGUUUUUUGUUGUUGUUUUUUUCUGUUUGGCCGCUUGCCAAUUAAGAAUGGGGUGAGAAAAGCGCUCAUUCGAAAGAGAAAGGUACCAGAAAUACAAGAAUUGCCACUUGAUUUUUAAAAAGAAUUAAAUUUCUUGACUUAAAACUUAGAAAAUAUGAGAGAAAUAUAUUAAUUUUGCCAUCUUGUUAAAUUGAAAACGAGUAAUAAUUCCAUGUAACCUGAUUUCUAUAAUGUAUGACAAUUUUCAAUUUUCAGGGCAUUCAAGAAGCGGGAAAAUAACUGGCCGUUUCAAAUUGGACCGGGAUGCAUUUUCAACAUCAAAUAAAACGCAAAUUAGAUGGAAGUCUGCCACAGAAACAAACAACUUAAUCACCGCAAGUCCAGAUAGCCCGUGCCUCAUUGUUCCUGAAAGAGGAACGUAUGGUGUUUUCUCUGUUUUAACAUUUUUUGUAGAAAAACAUGACACUGUUACAAAGCUCGCUCACUAUAUGCGACUUUAUGGAUUCCAGACCGGUGAACAGUUCUUCAAGCGUAAAAUUAUUAAGGUACCAGUACCGGAGAACAGAAAUAAUCCCGAGUUAAUACAAAGCACCAUAAUUUCCUUUCCGAGUAUGGAGGCCAAUGGAAGUAUAUGUCUCGACACCGCAGACGGUAAGAUGAAAUACCUCUAUGGUUCACCGAUAGACAAUACGAUUGAUAUAUUCAAGGUGUAACAGCAGCAACUACAGGAAUAUGGCUCGUAACGGAACCGGACAUGAUUAGUAACGAAACCAGAGCAUGCAUAGCAUGAAUAUUAGGUCAGAAACUACUAAAACACGGAUUCUGCCGGAGCAAAUAAUAAAUACAUUACGAAAAUUCACAGAAUGAAUAAUGAGUAGACAGUAUAAAAUCAAACAUUGUUUAACCGUUUUAGUUAUGUUAAAGUGUUUCAUGCUUAUAUUUUACCAUUACCAACGACGAAAAUGCAUAUUAGACUAUAUUUACCAAAUCUAUGUGUUCAAAAACACAUAUAUUCUAGUCAAAAGGUGCCAGUAUUAAAUUAUUGCAUUUAUAAAGUGUGCUAGUUCAUAUGUGUUGUAGAAAGAUCUGUAAUUUGCAUUUUAAACUCAGAUGAGCGAUAUAGGACCAGCAUUGCCUUUUUUUAUUUAAACGUGUUCAUUGUUUGUGAUACUGAAACAGGCAUAUCCAACCUUAAGAUCUGAGUUUACGUUAACCUUUACCCUGCUAAAUUUCUAAAAUGGACUGGUCCGUCAUUCAGUUUAGGCAGUACCAUUUAUUAAUCCAAGGGGUGUUCAUUGAAAAUUUACAAACUGGAUAGCGAACAGUGUAGACCAUGAUCAGCCUGCAUGGACAUGUAGGCUGUUCUAGGUCUACACUGCUCACAAAGGCAGAAUCACUUGCCGCCAGCAGGCUAAAGGUUAAAAAUGAAUGUUGUUGUUUUACAUGUCUUCCUUUGUUUUGUCUUAUAGAUAUUUGUAUAAGGUAUCUACCUCGGUUAAGACUACACACGUCUUUCAUGUUAUGUGUUCAUUUUGUAAGCUUAUAAAAGAAAUGCAAAUUUAUGUACACGAAUGUUUUAUUAUUAUAUAGAUGUAUUAUUAUGUUCAUUAUGACUGAACAAUGGCUAAUCCUGUCUUAUCCUUACGUCUCAAAAAAAUGAAGAAAUUAUGUAUGAGACACCGCGUAUUCUUUUACAAAUUGUAUUUUUAUUUUUAUAUAUGUGUUGCUCUAGAGCAGUCGUUGACUUUUUAUACUAAGAAAUAAUAAAAUAUUGACAAGUU